UGACGCCGAAGCCGCACCAACGCAAACAAUGCUUCCACCCAAACCGAAGAGGGUAAAAAAGGCUCAGCCUAAGGCCAAGGCUACAGAUGCCGAGGCUAAGGAUGCUUUGCCGAUUUCGAAGCUAGCUGAAAGCAAAAAAUCAGCCUCUACUUCAACCAAAAGGUCUGCUGAGGGCCAACCCUCAGGGUCUACACAAUCAAAGCGGCCAAGGUCAUCGUCUGCGACGACCUCGGCUUCGAAGAAGUCCGACGUCCCCUGGGCCCCUGAUCUAUCCCUGGAGGAUAGGCCUAUCAUGGCUAGUGAAAGUGCUGAUGAUAUCAACGUUGCUGUCGCCCUUAGCACUGCUCUUCUUCUACCAAAUGACUUUGAGCGAAAUGUCAAGUUUAGUGAGUAUGAAAAUUACGCUCUGAUGCUCCAACACUCUGCUCAAGCCAUUCAGCAUGCCCACUCAUUUUCCAUGCAAGCCUUUGAAAAUCGUCAAAGGUUGGUUGAUAUGAAGAGGGAAGCAUCUUCUAUGAAGAGAGAGAUCAGGUCUCUUGAAGCAAAAAUGAAAAAAUUGGAGGAUCAAGCCGAGGCUGCAACUAAGGUUCAAACUUUAGCUCUUGAGAAGGCCGAAGCUGCUGAGGCCGUUAGAAAGGUUGAUGAGGCCGAGAAAAGAGAGGCCGAGGUUCAGAAGGCCCAAGCGGAGAAAGAAUUACAGCAAGCUUUGGCCACCAAAGAGGCCGAAAUCAAAGAGGCCGAUGAAAAGGCCUAUGCUCAAGGUAUGGCCGACGUCGCAGAAGACUACAAGCUUCAAGUCAGGCAGGCAUGCAACAGGGGAUUUUCCCUUGGUUGGAUGUCCUUGAUAAAGAAGCUUGACCUCCCUGCUGACUCGCCAUUGCGUCAGGCCGACGCUAUUCCGUUACCAUUUCCUCCACCUCCUCCUGAAGGUGAAUCAGAGUCUGAGGCCGAGGCCGUGGAGGAAGAUGAAGAAAAAGAUGAUGGUGAGGCCUUGGUGAGAAAACCCAAGAAUGCUGCCGAAGUCAAGUCCCCUCCACCUGCUGAGCAGGUUAUGGACUUAACUCAAGAUGAGGGGGGUGAUGAUGCUGAGGAAGUGCCCAAGGAGUCUGUCCAAGGGUAUCUAUCAUCUGACCUCCUUCUGACUGAAAGAAGUCUUGACACAACAUUGGCAGAGAUAGAUGCCGAAAUACAAGCGGAGAAAGUGGCCGAGGAGAUUCCACCUGAAUCGUCCGAGAUCCCAGUCCCUGCAGUGGCUAAUGCUGAGGAAUCUUGAAAAAACUGUCCUUUGUACUUUUUUCCUUCUUUUUUCUGUUUUUUUUUUGCGCUUUGUACUUUUUUACAUUCUGGGUAAUGCAAAACUUCUUUCUUUUCACGUGGUUUUAAUAUGUAACUGUAACAAUUCCUCCUCUGGAUGUUUCAAUCUUG